GAAAAGUCUUGGCUGGAUCAUGGUCGAGAUUGGGCUCGAGCAGCAGCAGGCCGGCGAGCAGCUGGUGCUCUGCAAGGUGUACAAGUCACAGCGGCCUCGCUCGGACGCUGAAGCAUCCACUACGGAAGCCUGCAGCGUGCCCGGCGGGGCCGGGGACAACGCAUGUCCAGCGCCGCCGCCUGCUGCUGCUGCUCCUUCAAGUCCAUCGUGUGAUCACCAGGUAACGGAACGUAAAACGACGACCUUAGGGUACGAUCUUCACUCCCCGGGCCCGGGGGUCGGCCGGAAGCCGCCUCUCUCCUUCAAGCAUGGCACUCGGUGUAGGCCGAUGGGAGGGAGCAGGAGUGGCGUGGCAAUUGUGAAGAAGGCGUCGGCGGCGGCGGUGACCGUCGUGAUGAAAUUCGGAGGGUCGUUGACACGGUCGGCCGAUCGGAUGAAGGAGAUGGCCAAGCUUGUCCUCAGCUUGGAUAAUCCGGUGGUUGUUGUGUCCGCCAUCGGGAACACCACCGACAACCUUCUCGAGGCUGCAUGGAAGGCGCUGAGCUGCGGCUCCCAAGAGGUGAGCCAAAUCCACGAGCUCGCCACGGUAAAGGAGCUGCAUUUCAGGAUGAUCGGUGAUCUUGGACUGCAUAAGCCCAUGUUUUCAGGUUCAUUGGAUGAGCUGGAAAACAUUCUUAUGGGCAUUGCUAUUAUGAAAGAGCUGACCCCUAAGACACGAGAUUACCUUGUUUCCUUUGGUGAACACAUGUCUACAAGAAUAUUUUCUGCAUAUUUAAAUAACUUUGGGGAAGGGUCACGGCAGGUACAUACUCUUGUAACAAAAAAAAUUUGGGUCAACAUACUCCUAGCGAAUGCAAUACAUUAUCAAUUAGGUGAUUUCCAAAAUGUAAGUCAGUAUCUUGCUGUGUACCAUAGAAAAUGUAUGAAAUUUCAGGAAUGGGAAUUGUAUGCCGUCAAUACUCGUGGAAAGGGUGGUAGUGAUUUGACUGCCACUACUAUCGGCAGAGACUUGGGAUCAAGAGAAAUCCAGGUAUGGAUGGAUGUAGACGGUGUUUUGACGUGUGAUCCUAAUGUUUGUGCAAAUGCAAUACCACUGCCCCACUUGACUUUUGGUGAGGCUGCUGAACUUGGGUUGUUUGGUGCAGAGGUAUUAUCCCCGCAGUCAAUGCAACAAGCAAUGGAAGGUGGCAUACCGGUUAUAGUUAAGAACUUGUGCAACCCUCAAGCACGUGGCACCAAGAUAGCUAAAACAAGAUAUAUGAGCAAGAAUGUAUUAACCAGCAUUGUGUCGAGAUCACAAAUUACCAUGCUGAACAUAGAGAGCAGAAGGAUCCUAGACCAGUCUGCUUUCUUAGCAACGUCAUUCUCAACACUUGGAAAUUUUGGCAUAGCAUUCGAUUGUGUGGCUAUUAGUGACGGCAAGAUCUCCUUGAUAGUAAUACCAUCAAAGAUGUCGAGUCAUGAAUUAUUGUUAUAUUCCAACAACCUUGAUAAUGUAGCUGAAGAGCUUCAAAAGCUUGCAGUUGUUACUUGCCUACAAGACAGAUCAGUCAUCUCCCUGAUAGGAAACAACACACAGAUGUCGUCAACCAUUUUUUUAAAGGCAGUCAAUGUUCUACGGGGCAUUAAUGUUGAUGUCCAGAAGUUCUCGCAGGGGUCGUCCGAGGUGAUGAAGGUGUCCUUAGUGGUCGCCGACAGCGAGACAAAACAUUGUGUGCAAGUCCUUCAUUCAGCAUUUUUUGGGAAUGUCUUUGUGCGAGAAGUCCAGGAAGUGGAUCUGGAGCUUAAUGGCUCCCAGGUGCAAGAGCCAGAGAACUCACCGCCGGUAGGAGCCAGCUCCAGCGACAAGAGAAAGACGGGUGACGAACAUUUGGUGGCUCCACCAAACGUGCGUCAGAAACUGACGAGCACUGAGCCCGAUGAUCAUAUGGGGGAAACUGAACACCAGUGGUCCCCGGACGGCGAUCCGAUGGCCGUCAGAGGCGACAACAUCAACAAUCCUGAGGUUUUGCCCUCCAGAGGAGGGGAGCAAUCCAUUCCUCAACCCGCAACAGGCGAUGUGCCUGACGAGGGGGCCGGAGAGGGUUUCUGGACGGAAACCAUGAUGUCUCAAGUGGAGCCGUUCAUGGAUAAGCUCUUCCCAACGUCGGAGUGGGACCCCACCAAUAGUGGUCGAUACGCAUUGUUGUCAAAUGUACCUCCGCCCCGUCGUGAUGAGUCCAUGGAAGAUUUGACGUCCUUCGACGAUUUCGACCCAUUGUGGAUGAUAUAA